AUGACAUGCGAUGUGCCACAAAAACUAGAAAAAAAGAACAGAUUCAGAACAGGAAGACCAUCUCAGAAGAAAACAGGCAAGCUUCUCCACUUUUGCUUUUGUGUCGUGUGGAAAGUUCUUUCAACGUCUUUUUCCAAAAGGGAAAAUAGGAGAGGUUGCUGUGACUUCAAAACCAAGUGACAAAUCUGGGUGUUGUAUAUAAAUUUGGCUCGGUGUCUGGGUGCUUCUCGCUUGUAUUCCCCUCAGUUCUUCUCCCAUUGGUUUGAAUCAUCGGUUUUUGAGUUUUGUGUAACGGGCGGUUAAUUCUCAACUGUUUGACCCUGGGACGUGUGGAAGUAUAAAGUGACGUGCUUCCGCUUUUCUUUCUUUCUCUCUUUGUUUAUUUGUGAGUAACACUUUGAGUAUUCACCACACAGCGGGUUCGUUGUAUCACUGGAAAUAGGAUGUCUACGAUCACUGCGAGAAGAGCACUGGCUUCAUUAUCGGCCAAAUCCACGGCGGCUAGCCAUGCGAUCACACCGUCAUCCACGGCGGCAGCGUCAAAGAACAGCAGAAACCAUGGUGGUUGUCUCUCCGAUGUUGCGCUGCGUAGCAACAACUCGAAGUUUUGGAAUGGCAUAUCACAGGCUCCAGCGGAUCCGAUCUUGGGUAUCAUUGAGGAGUUUGCAAAGUCCAGCUCCCCACAGAGGGUUAACCUCAGCGUUGGAGCUUACAGAGACAACAAUGGAUUACCGUACGUACUACCGUCGAUUAGAAUGGCUAGUGCUAUAGUUUACCAACAGAAGCUUGACGAAGAGUAUGCGCCAAUUGUAGGGACAGCAAAUUAUGUCUCCUUGGUGAAGAAAUUCCUCUAUGGCUCCUUUUCAACGGGCGCUGAUCUCAUAAAGGAGGAUCGUAUUGCAAUGGCACAAUCCAUUAGCGGUACUGGUGCUUUAAAACUUGUUGCUGAUUUCUUGAAGAAAUGGUCCCCGUACGAAUCUAGGGCAAUUUAUCUCUCAAACCCAACUUGGGCAAAUCACGCAAAUAUAUUUGGAUCUUCUGGGAUCGAGCCUCGUCAAUAUACAUAUUUCAACAGAGAUACAAAUGCCAUUGAUAUGGAGUUGUUGUUGGAUGAUUUGUCCAACGCCGAGCGUGGAUCAGCGGUUUUGUUGCAUGCUUGUUGCCACAACCCAACUGGAUUGGACCCAACAGAGGAGCAGUGGAGAGACAUCGUUGACGUUAUCUCCCAACGUGAGUUGAUCCCUGUUGUAGACAUUGCAUACCAAGGAUUCCAAUCAGGUCAUCUUUCGCAGGAUUUGUACCUUUUGAAACUUGUUUCUGAGAAGUGCACCGAAGGUUUAUUGCCAACAGCCUUUGUGUGUCAAUCGUUUGCAAAGAAUAUGGGACUUUACGGUGAACGUGUAGGUUCAGUAUCGUUGAUUACCCCUUCAAAGGAGGUUACGAACAACGUGGACUCACAAAUGAAGAGAAUUGUAAGAUCUAUCUACUCGUCUCCUCCAGUCCAUGGCUCAAGGUUGGUUGAAACAGUCUUGUCAGAUGAAUCCAUCUUUGCCCAAUGGAACAAGGAUGUCCAGCUUAUGGCCAACCGCAUCAAAUCUAUGAGACAAGAGUUACAUGGAUAUUUGACAAGACACUCUGAUUUGAACUGGGAUCAUAUUGUUGAACAGAAUGGUAUGUUCUGCUAUACCGGGUUGAACAAAGAUCAAAUGACUCACUUGAAGGAUGAUUUCCACGUUUAUGCAACCAUGGAUGGACGGUUCUCUAUGGCUGGUUUAAACACCAGUAAUGUGGAGUACGUUGCCAAUGCCAUGGAUAAAGUCACCAGAUGAACAAAGCAUACAGAAGGUAUUAUCACUACUAUAAUUAUAAUGGUUAUUUAUUAUUAUUUUUCAUGUGAUGGUCAUGAUUAUCAUUAUUAUCUUUGAAGAAGGAAAGAUGAUGGGACCGGGCUCAUCACUCUGGGGGGUUUUGGUUAACGAAAAGCAACGAUUAAUUUUAAAGGGUUCUAUAGAAACAAUUGAAAGACCACGAAGGAACAAAUCAUAUCGUACAGCUCGAAAUGGCGGUUGUCAUAUUUAUAUUCAUCUUGUUGUAAUAAAGUGUUAUGUAUAGCCGUGGUUUAAGGCUUUCUGUAGGUUAAGAAGCCAGUCUUGACCCCAA